AGUUGACGCUCGCCCGACAAGACACCGCUCGGUCGCUAAACGGUACGCAUCAAACAAAUGCCGCGCUUUCAACAAAACAAUCGAAGUAUGACUUAAAAGUUUAAAACAAGUGAAGUUUAAAUUAAGUAAUUAGAUAAUUUUUUUUUGUAACAAUAAAAUUUCCUGUGACAGUUAUGCAAAUUAUAAUUUCAACGUUUUUCGUGCUCGCGCUUUUGCAAGCACCAGACCUCACAAGAGGAGAAGACUUCGGAUACGAUGGCAACAUCGGUCCAACGCACUGGGGCGAGCGCUACCGAGAGUGCACGGGCAAGCACCAGAGCCCGAUCAACAUCAACGUGCUGCGCGUGAAGCAAGUCACGCUGCCCGACAUCGAGUUCGUCGGCUUCGACGACUCGAUCGACGACGUACACGUCAUCAACAACGGGCACACUGUUCUGAUAGAGGUGGACAACGAACCACAUCCGCGAGUACGCGGCGGGCCGCUAGAGGGCGACUACAUCUUUAGCCAGAUGCAUUUCCAUUGGGGUGAUAAUGACACCUUCGGCUCUGAGGACAAGAUCAACCAUAGAAGUUUCCCGAUGGAGCUACACAUGGUGUUCUACAAACACGAAUACCACACCGCCAAGGAGGCUGUCAAACACAGCGACGGCCUCGCUGUGCUAGCUUUCUUCUACGAGCUCGACCGCCACCAGCACCCCGCCUACGACGACAUCACGUCAGCGCUCGCGAACGUCACGGAACCCCACGCGACCGUAGUCAUGAGCAACCCCUUCUCGUUCCUCAACAUUCUGCCGUACGACCUGCGGCGGUACUUCACGUACAGGGGCUCGCUGACUACGCCACCGUGUUCGGAGGUCGUCACUUGGCUGGACUUCGAGCAGCCUGUGAGACUAGCUCAUGAACAGAUAGAGCUAUUCCGCGAGCUAAAAUCAGCCCACGGCAAGAUCCGCCACAACUUCCGACCCAUCCAGCCAAUCGGCGACCGCGUCGUUUUCUACAACAUCGACAACAACUACUUCAGCUACAACGAGCUGGAUGACCCUAGAGAGGAAACUACUACCGCUAGGCCGAGGAGGAGGAAGGGGAAUGGGGUGGGGAGGGCGGGGUUGUAUUUGAGUUUGAUGUUACUGUCGAGUAUAGCCGUAAUGAUUCUCCUGUAAUGGGUCCUGUGUCCUAUUAG